AUUAAUUGCAACUCUCAUUUCAUUUCAGCUGUGGAUUCUGAAUGAAAUUAAUAACUACCUUAGAGAGUGCAACUGAUGAGUGUGUUGACAUCAGUAAGUUCCUUCCAAGUUUGCACAGCUAAUCCCCAAACUUAUCUUACUUUUGUUAGCACAUCACCCCUUGAGUUGUCAAAGAAUGUCCUACCAAGAGGAUUCUCACCCAUGGAUAUCCCCCCAGAGUUCUGCUGCAUUUCCUCAGAAAAUGGCUCUUCUCCCUCAUCCAGCCCAAAUGAGCAGCAACCAGAAACCAUUGCUGCAAAGCCCUCACUCCACAUCAAUGGCUUGGAAGAAACCUUUGCUUCCGAGCAUGGAAGAAGAUCUGUACGCAGACGAACCUGGAGUGGAGUCGAAUUUGUACCCAGACAAGAAACCCAAGACAGCAGCUCUCUCGGCAAUGAAGGAUUUUCUGGGCUAUCUCCAAGAGCCACAGACUGUGGGCGAACACGAAUUGGUGGAAAGGAUGAUCCAGAAAGAACUGCAGGACUAUCGCCGCGAUGGCAACGAUGCAAAGUCAGGGACAAUGGACUCUUUAGAUGCAAGGCUGGAAAUCAGACCAUUCCAUCUACAAACAGGAUGGAGUCAGCAGAUGCAAUCCCAAGCCUUUGUACACGAGAAAUUGGGUCAAGUGAACCAGAAGGGAAAGAAAAUGCCUCUCUUGGGGAUGGCACCUCUUAUGAGUCAAACUAUGACGGCCUCAAAAUACCCACAGUCAGCCGAUUACUCAGUAAAUUCUCAGAGAGGGCAAAGGGAGUUCAUGUCAGCUCAGCAACAGGAGGAGAUGUAUCAACUGGGCAAUUUUCCACCAAAUUGCAAUUACCACUCACAAGCCUACCACGAGGACGAGGAAGAACCUCAAAUGGAACCUUCGAAUUAUUACAGGGAUCAGACCAGUUCAAAUGUCGAGUUUUCGAACAGAGACCAUCGCUCAAGAGAAAGAGAUCACCGUCAGGCGAGAUCAAGAGACCAGUUCAGGAGUUCAGACAAUCAGUCUCAAAUGAGAUCAAGAUCGUGGGAUCGAAGCCCCUCUCCUCGCAUGGGGAACUUACAUCGCGAGCCCCUACUGGAGCAACCAAGGCAUUUGAUGGACAGAUCUCAACACCCGGUUCCCGAUCGUGUGCGUCGCCCCUUGCUAAACACUCCAGAUCGAGAUCAUCAUCGCCCAGCAAUGCUGAAUCGUCCUUACCAGGAACCGGACUGUUAUCAGCCACGACCGGCCCUUCUGGAUCACCCACAUCCUCCAAUGAUGGACCAACCUCAGGGCUUGAGGAGACCAUUGCUGGAGACACCAAUGCAGCAUACCAAUUUCCAGGAAAAUCCUCGACGCCCAUUGUUGGACAAUCCCCGACCACUUCUUCUGAACGAACCUCGUCCUGCAUUGCUGGAUCACCCAGGAAAUCAAGAUCAUCACCAACACCUAAUGAAGAACAGGCUCUCUUGGCCUCAGGCUCAACGCCCUCUCCUAGAUCAUCCUCAGCGAGUGGGGAGGCCACCACUGCUCGAGUCUCCGCAUAUAUUCGAGCCAGAAGGGGAGGAGGAACAGCUGGUGCUGGCUCCACCAGCCUGCUGGCCAAGCAAUGGUCAGUCUCAAGCUCUGCCCCCAAUGUGGCCUCGGGGCCGGGGGAGGGGCAGAGGCAGGGGGAGGCAACCCCGACUCUAGUGACUGCCAAACACAUCCAGGCUAUUGACCGGGCUGCAGUGCACCGAAUUUGCUCUGGGCAGGUCGUGGUGAAUCUUGCGACGGCCGUGAAGGAGCUCGUGGAGAACAGCCUGGAUGCUGGCAGCCGUAGCGUGGAGGUGAAGCUCACUGCCAGCGGGGCCUCCAGUGUCGUGGUGUCUGAUGAUGGACCUGGCAUACAUCCCAACGACUUCGAAGCAUUAGCUUUGAAGCACCACACUUCCAAGCUACGGGAUUUUGAGGGCGUGUGUGGCAUCGCGACCUACGGGUUCCGGGGUGAAGCCCUGAGCUCUCUGUGCGCCCUUAGCCGCUUCAGCGUAUGCACUCGUCAUGCCUCGCAGCCUCUUGCAUCGCUUCUCACGUACGACGCGGACGGCAAACUCACGAGUCAGAAGGCUGCAUCAAGACAAGUUGGCACCACUGUGUCCCUAGAAAGUCUCUUCUACAGCUUGCCUGUGCGCAGACGAGAAUUUGAGCGCAACCUCAAAAGAGAAUAUCACAAGAUGCUGCAAGUUCUCUAUGCCUAUGCCAUCAUCAGUAAAAAUAUCAGACUGCAUGUGGUGAACAACAGUGAUGGCCGACGCAAUACUGUACUGGCCACGCACGCUUCUUAUUGCCUUCUUGAUAACAUACAAGCUCUAUUUGGCAGCAAACAGGUGAAGACGUUACUGGAGAUUCAGGGGAGCGUUGACAGCAUGUCAGACGAAGAGGAGUCUGAGGAGCCUACUGAGGCCGCGACCGGCGGCGCUGGGAUGCGAGUGGAGGGCUUCAUCAGUUCUUGCGCUCACGGCCACGGCAGAGCCGCUCCUGACCGGCAGUUCUACUUCAUCAACAAUCGUCCCUGUGAUCCCAUAAAGGUCUCGCGGCUGGUGAACGAAGUGUAUCACAGCUACAACCGCCAUCAGUAUCCCUUCGUGGUGCUCAACGUGGUCGUGCAGCGCGCGUGUGUUGAUGUCAACGUGACACCAGACAAGCGCCAGGUCAUGAUGCACAACGAGAAGCUGCUUCUAAUCACUCUCAAGAAUUCCUUGCUCCGGCUUUACGAAGGCAUCCCCCACACAUUGCCGCUAAACUUCACCACAAGCUCGCCUCUCACUCCUGUAAUUAGGGACACCCCAUAUACUCAGUCCAAACGCACUCAGGACAUGAACGAGUCUAGUUUCCCAUCUCCUGAAAUAAAACCAAUGGAAAUAGAACACAAACUUCCCAAACCAUUCUCAGAUAUUUGUGGUGAUGCCAUCGUAACCCCAACUAAAUUCUCACAUAUGGAUCCCAAUGUACCCUCGAAUGAACGCGCCAAAACUAAAAGCACUGAAAACGGUGAGGGUGACAUCACUGACACGAAGCCACGAGAUGCACAGUUAACACGCACUACGCACACUGAUGCGGCUAAACACUCACCUUCUCAGACUCUAGCUCGUCGUCUCCAAGCAAGUAAGAAGCCAACAGCCUUUGCAGUUGCGACUGCCGUGGUGCUCGAUAAAGGUAAUGACGGCAGCUCUAAUAAAACAACGCGCAUUGCUUCUCCAGAAAAUAAUGUCAUCCGUGAAGGUGAAAACGAUGACGAGCUCGAUUCAUUUGGUUUGAACAUACAGGGCUCUCACUUAAAGAAAUGUUUGGAAACUUUAAACAAAACUCAAACGCAAUCUGCACAAAUGCGCGCCAUUUCACACAUAUCGCGUUCAAGCGACCUUGAAGAUGGAACUAGUACACCUUCACACAUGUCAGCUGUUGAAUCCAUUCACCUAAAAUCCAUUCACACUGACAACAAAUCAGAGCAAAUUUACCGGACUAAAAUAAGUCCCUGCAGAUACAAGCCUCUGACAAACAAUUCCUGCGACGAUCUUGCCAAUAUCUUAGAAGGCAAUUCCACAGGCGCUAAAUCCAAAUGUUCUCGUCUUCAUUUGAAGGUAGAUACUGGAAAGGAAAUCGACGAAAAGAAUCGCGAAGAAAUCACCUCUGCUUUGCAGCAGAUAACUGAAACUGAGAGUCUGGUUUAUUCCUCUGGCAAGGCAAGAGUCAAUCAUGUCCUUGCGAACAAUAUGCUCGAUCGUCGAGUGUCUCGCAAAAAUCCUCAAACUCUGGAAAGAGAGAAUGCUGUUGAAACUGCGAAUGUCGAUGUGAGAAAGAGCUUGAGGAAAUUUGUUCAUAAGCCUGAAUCUGAAGAUAGAUUCAGUGAUGCCCAAACAACAGAGCAUCACAUAUCUAAGGUCCCACUUUCUAGCCAGCAUCUACUGACUCCAGAUACUGGCAUAUUGCCUGCCGACGAUACCUCCUUUCCAGGAGUGGAGCUCGAGUCUACUGUCAUUUACGAUGAUCAUGUAUUGGAUGUUACCAAACGUAAAACUCGAGUGAUUCAGUUUUCUAUGGAUGACUUGCGUGUGCAGCUCACGAAAGUCAGUGCUGUUGAAAAAGCCGACGCAGAGAAGAAGAAAGCCCGGAAUUUUCAUGCAAAAAUUGCCCCUUCUGACAACAAGGCUGCCGAAGCAGAACUGACUAAAGUUCUUAAUAAGGAUAUGUUCGCAAAGAUGAAAAUCUUGGGACAAUUCAACCUUGGAUUUCUGAUCACCCGCUUGGACAGCGAUUUGUUCAUCAUUGACCAGCACGCAUCCGAUGAGAAGUACAAUUUUGAAACUCUACAAGCGACCUGCAUUUUGCGUCACCAGCCUCUGAUACAACCUCAAGCUCUGCAGCUUACUCCUGCGAACGAGACCAUCCUCAUCAGUAACAUUGACAUUUUCUCGGCAAAUGGUUUUAAAUUCGAGAUAGACGAAUCUCGUCAAUUUGGCGAACGAGUAAAGCUGAAAUCGGUUCCUCAGAGCCGCAACUGGACUUUUGGCAAGGAUGACAUCGAUGAACUGAUCUUCAUGUUGUCGGAUUCCCAUGGUGCCAUGUGUAGACCUUCCCGAGUCCGUGCCAUGUUUGCCAGCAGAGCUUGUCGCAAAUCCAUUAUGGUAGGAACUGCUUUGUCCAAAAAUCAAAUGCGUGACUUAGUUGACCACAUGGGACAGAUCGAGCAGCCAUGGAAUUGUCCACAUGGAAGACCUACUGUACGCCAUCUUAUAAACUUAGACAUGCUCUCUGUUUCCAAAUUGUAAGUUACUCAAGGUAGACCUUUCUUCAUUCAGUAGUUAUCUUUAAUGCGCUGUACGUGUUCGGCUGUUCGUUCCUGGGCUUCUCCCAUAGCAGCGCGUCAACCUGCCGUACGACAGUUCUGUUAGCGAUUUGAAUGUGUAGCCUGAGAAAUCCCAUUAGAUUUUUCUGUUGGUUACUUUAGCGCCAAGAUAUUUUUCCGUUAAGUCACUUAGCCCUCUUGUGUUGCCUACUUAGUUGCGUCGAAAAAUUUCUUUUAAAGCACUUUUUCGACUUCUGCUUGGCUAGGAAUUGAAUGGAAUUGUGCGUUGCCUAUAGGCGGAGUUUUGCCCACAGCUGCCCAGCAGGUUUUAGGUGUUCUUGUAUACACCUGCAGUUUCACCUUCUCUUUUCUAUGAGUAGUAGUUAAGACACUGAAGGGCAUUCAAUGUUAAGAGUACUAAUAAAAAUAAAAUAA